AAGCGCCUGUCUCAGGUCAUUACGAGCGUCCGCACGAUCGGGUCGCCGAUUGCCCCUGGGCCGUAUUUAUACCGUCCCUCCUCAUUCGUGGCACACUUUCCUCGCGCCCGACGGCUCAAUGACCUCGGGCCUCUCUGGCUCAUUGCUGUGUACUAUUUCUCUUCUCGCCGUCUAAUUGCCUCCUUCCACGACUAAUCAUUCCCAUUCCACUAAUCCGACAAAUAAUAACCCGUAUGAUAAUCUUGUUCCGCUAUGAGCUUUCCGACAGCAGGAUCCUCGUCCACCAACAAUCCUUCUGGGCAGCAGCAAAACCAGGGACGGCCAGGUCAGCCCACGACACGUGCACUUCGCUCGGUUUCACCACACGGCUCCUCUCGAAGGCCAUCGCCCACUACCAGCGAACCCGCGUCUGAACAGUGGACCACUGGGGACGCGACGAGACAGACGACUUGGGAGGAGAUGGAGCGCGAGGCUAGUGGCAGGCGAAGGGAGCGCUCCAGUCCUUCUGCGUCAUCUUCUCAAGGUGAUAUGGCCGACAAUGAGGGGGAAGCCGGUCCUAGCCAGCCAUCGCAAGCGGCUCCUACCACCUCUCCACCCAAGAAGAAGCGGACAAGGACGCUCACUACUCCUCACCAGUCUGCUGUACUACACGCACUUCUUGCCCAGUCACGCUUCCCGACGACUGCCAUGCGAGAGGAAGUGGGUCGUGCCAUUGGUCUCAGCGCUCGGAAGGUUCAGAUUUGGUUCCAGAACCAGCGCCAGAAGGCCCGCCGCCCUCGGGGUCAGCAGAGCGCACCUCUGACACGACCCCCUCAGUUUGGUCCGUUCACCAACGUCCCCCCCGGCCCCAGCAGUGAUGCAUCCGCCGGCGCCGGUCCUUCCUCCUCACACGGCCAACCGAGCUUUGCUUCGGGAAGCGGUUCUUCCGCAGGUGUCAUCCCUCUUAUGCGCGGAUCGGGACCCUCGGGCACGCAGUUCUACGCCCAUCAGGGAUCCCAUAUGUCGCCUCAGUACCCGGGAUCUGGCAAUCUAUCGCAGCUAUCUGGACCGGGCAUCCCAGGCCCUAGUAGCGCGAUGUCGCCGCACCCCGCCUUGCCGAGCGAAUCCCGGGGCGCGCUGCCGUUUCCAGAAGCGCAGCGGGGCAUGGCGGCCUUCCCCGGUUCGAGCCCAGUUCAGCUCUUCCCUCCGCCAAAUCCGUUCGGUGCUGACGACCCGUCGCGCGCGCAUUUUGCUAGCGCCGGAGGAUCCCGUCGCUUUAGCGAUGACCCGAGGAUGCCGCAUCGCGUUACGCUGCCCCCGAUCGUGGUCGACCCAAGGCAGGAUGUUUUGGGCCCGAACCCCACCAACCGCUAUCCUCUUUCCUUGCCUCCUGUUGCCCCUCCCUCAUCUACGUCCUCUGCUGUCGGUCUGCGCCGCGCCUCCUACGGCCUUGAGCAGGCAGAAUCGCCCUUCGCACAUAUGCCACCACUCAACAUCCCCCCGCCGUUCACGCUGGAGCCGCAACCGCAAUGGGACGACCCCGCAUUUUCGCCCUUCUCUCGUCCGGGGUCAUCGUCACGUCCCCCUAGCUCGUAUGCCCUUCCACCUUCGAUGACUCUAUCACUACCGCCAGUGGAGGCCAUAACGACACGUUCGAGCGAGACGCUUCCACCCAUACUACCUAACAGACGCGCUGAGGGCGUCGAGGGCGUCCACCGCACCUCGACGCCUCUCCCGCUUCGCAGCCGACCAUAUCACCCGCGUCUUAGGGAACCCCCUUCUCGCUCGGACACCCCCCGAGCGGGCGCAAGUUCCCGCCAUCCCGACGAAACCACACACCCCAGUCGUUGACCUAUCUUGACACAGCUGGCCCCUCGUUAUAUCUCGACCACGACCUAUCUUUCAACGUCGCUUACGAACUCCACCACGUAUUGUCAAGGCGCAAACUCAUCUGCGUACCUACCAACGUCUAAUCGCUCUUUGUCUCCAACUGAUCUGCUCCCUACUAUCGUCUAAUCGCUCUUUGUUUCAAUUAGUGUCACCAUCACCC